UAUGCAAUGCCUUUCGCGUUGUUCGUUUCUCUCCUUCCAAUUUUCCUUCCAUUAGAGAAGAACCAGUUCGCCCUCUUGAUGCGUCCAGGGUUAGGGUUUCUUAACGCCUUGGGUGCUCCUUUAUGUGUCCUCCGCCUCUCUUUCUCUUCUCAUCACGAUCCAAAUCAUCCGAAGAUGAUUCCAUCGAAUGGCGUAGCUCCCGUUCGUAGGGAAGUUGGAGGAAGUAUAUAUUGAAUCAUUUGGAUAGUCAUUUUUGAUGCAGUUUAUCAUGUGAUGAGUCUCCUUUAGAAAUGCACUGUCCUAGAUUCACCGAAUUCUCAAUAUUCAGAUAUAACAUCAACUGUGCUACUUGAGAAGGAGGUUGCAGAUGAAGUAACUGAAAAUGAACAGGCAACAAAUGGUUUGAUGGAGGCUGCCAUUAGCUAAGAGAAAGCACUCAAAAGAGAGCUAGAAAACGAGAAAUGAAUGGAAAUGGCUCUUUUGCCAUCUUCUAUUGACUCUGGGUUGCUCCAUAUGCCCUCUCAAGAAUUACCUCCAAAAGAAAGUCUUACUGGAAUAAAGCGAAAGGCGGUAUCUGAAAAUCUUCCAGACCAAGCAUCCCAAGGAAACCAUGAUCAAAAGCAGCUGCCAGAACAACUUCAAGAUUGGUGGGCCCAACUGCAAUUACGACAACCUCCACUGCAGCAAUUCCAGAAUUGGCAUCCUUCAUUGCAACAGCUGCAGAAUCAGAAGCCUUCUCCUCUGUGUUUGAAUGGCAGACAGCUCCCUACUCGAAAAUUGGAGUAUCAACCACCUUUCCCAGAGCGCACACAGUAUCAACAACCUCUGCUCAGGCAUUCACAGGGUCAACAAUUAUUUUUGAAACAGUCUGACAGUAUGCAACCACCACCAAAUCAGAUACGACCCUUUUGGUGCAGUAUCUGCAAGGUGAAUUGUGGCAAUGCUUUUAAUCUCAAGUGUCAUUUCCAAGGGAAAAAACACAGGGCCAAAUGGGAUGAGGUCUUUGGAUGCAAGACCUCUGUGCCAAAUAGGAAUGAGGUCAAAGGAAGGAAGAAUACCAGACAGCAUGGAAACAACAAUUCGUCACCUUCAAAUCCGGUAACAUCCUUUUGGUGCAAUCUCUGCAAAGUGAAUUGUGGUAAUUCUUUUAACCUUGAGUGCCACUUUCAAGGAAAAAAGCACAAGGGCAAAUGGAAUGAGGUUUUUGGAAUCAAGAACACCAAACCAAAUGGGAAUGAGAUCAAUGGAAGCGAGAAUAACACACCUCCAAAGCCAAGUUUUAUUGGGAUAAAACAAGAAACGGUAUCUGAAAAUCUUCCAGAAGGAAUGUUCCACGGAAGUCAAGAUCAAAGACUGCUGCCAAAACGAUUUCAAGAUUCAUGGGUCCCGUUGCAACUGUUGCAAUUAAGACAACCUUCAUGGCAGCAAUUACAGAAUCACCGAACCCCAGUGCAACUGAUGCAUCUUCAAGAGCCUUCUCCUCAGGACAACCAAUUAAUCAAGUAAAUAAUUAACUUGGAAGGGAUUUGAACCCCAUGAUCUCCAGCAAAGGUUCGCCGUAUCGGCCUGUGCCGCCCCACACUGGGCAUCCUGUACUGUUUAAUACCCGAACCGAGACUUGGUACAAGGGAUGUACUGAAUUGCAGAUGCCGAACCAGCCCCUGUAUUUGGGCAUACUGAUGCUGUAUAAGUAUGGUACUAGUAUGGGUUCCGGUACCGAGAUUGUGAAACAUGCUUAGCUCUGAUAUCAUGGGAAUGAAUCACUUGAUCCAAAAGCUUAAGCUGCUGAGGAAUGGAUCAAGAGUGUAUAUUAGCUUUUAGUUAACAAGUUUUUGGAAGUAAGGUCACUGCACCGAACGUAAAUGAGGUUGGAGAAGCAAGAAAAACUAUGCUGCAUGGUAGUUAAGCCAUAUGGUGUAAGGAGUGCGAAAAGAGUGCUGGUGGCUCCGCAUUGUGCUGGAAGAAUCGUGCUGCUUGUUGCAUGGUUUUUCAAAAGAAAAAAAGAUUAAGAAACAAUGGUGCUUAUGAUUCUGUUGUUGCUGGUGAGGCUGCAAAGUUUGAAUGUAUUUGUGAUUCAAAGAUGUGGAAUAAUUCAAGAAGAGUCACAAGUCUUCGGAUGAUGACCUACCAUGAAAAGAGAUUCCAGAGAGAAAUGUGGACCAUGAAUUGGUGAAACUGUAUUGAGGCUUUCAUUAUUCAACUCAUUACUGUGAAAAAUGGAGUGAAUACCAUGUGUCUCUUUCCUCCUUGGAUUGAUUUAGCUGGCUGCUGUUGUCUACUGUUGCUGAUAGAGCGGCCCAUCUGGCAGGCUAUCUUUCUUGUGGUCAUGGUGAUGGGUACUCUCAACUCCUGUCAAAGCAUUUAUUAUGCUGUAACUCUGGAGGAGUAUGUAAACCUUCAUCAGCAGUCACUGCUGUUUGCUUCUUAGGAUGUCAAUAACCUGUCUUGCAAUUUGAUGCAUCAAGGGUUUUAUCAAACGAGAGGAUUGAAGCCAUUAGUUCUCCCUCUCAUGUUACGACUCCCAAGUGGGAGAAGGGGAGGUAGGAGGCUGGCAGAGGUGUUCAGGUUACGAAGGGUGGGGUGAGGUGCUUGGAGGAGGUAGGAGGCUGGCCAGAUGCAAGGGGCAUGCUGGUCAUGCUAGAACAGUAAUGGUUGAUGCGAUGUCAUGGUUUGCUCUCUUGAGGGAUUAUAAGUGUUGCUUUGAUACUAGAAAUUAGACAAAAUUUUGACUGUAUACACAUUGUUUUUUCACAAGUAUGCCCAUACUAUUGUUUAGUUAUCAUACACAUUAAGCAUUCAUUCUUCUGGAAUGAUACACAAAUUUUGCUGCUUGGUAAUAUUCCGUUAUCGAUUUAUUCUUGUCAAUCCAGUUAGUAGAACUUUUCUUGAAAAAUGCUGAAACAAUAUACAAUUCUCACAAACAACUCUGAAGAAAUAGGGUUAGAGGCUGAACAACUAGGGAUUCUUUGUUAGGGUUCUGUGUUAUUCCAGCAUUGCUUAUUUUUCUUUAGCUGUAUUUUAUGUUUUUAAAUAAGAUUUAUGAGUUAGUUUAAUCAUAGUAAUGACAUCGUUUAAUUGAUGAAAAAUAUGUCAAAUUGUUGCGACAUUUUACUCUUGCAUAUGAUUCUCCAUGCUCUUCUUGGUUACUUGAAUUAAUCAAGUGCUUUUUUAUGAUUCACAAUUUGUACAGUUUAUUCAUCAAUCAUCCAUGACCAACUGAAGAAACAUUCAUAGGUUAAAUCUUAAAGAUGCUAUUUGGCAUUGUUGUUGGUGUUUCUGCUGCUAGUGUUUUUGUCCAUAUCUACUACACUAAGUUUUCACAUAUAUAACAAUGAUAUAGACUGUUGUCUUAUUCUCAUUAUUCUUAUUAUUCAUUUAUCUUUGAAGUUUCGAAAAUUACAGAAGUUGAAUUCUUAAAUUUUUCAAAUCUGAAAUCUCUGCCCCAUGCUGAUUUAUACUAUUUGUCAAAAUUGUGACUGUGGUUACCAUAUAAAAUGAUAAAAAUUGUGCAAUCAAAAGGUUUUCAAUACAAGAUGAUGCAACAGCUUAUGACAGUUGUCGUGCCUCUGCUGGAUUUUGCCGGAUUUUUGUCAUUGAUGCUUUAAAGUAUUGAAUGACAUAGCCAUGAAACUGGCAAAGAACAGUUGCCUUCCAAAAAGAAAAAGGAAAAAGAAAGCAAAGAAAGGGAUAGGGAUGGAGAUAUUUUGGUGGUAGAUUUCUCUUCUACAUGGGCUUUUUGAAGGUUUCUUUUGGUCUUGGAUGGAGAUACUUAGAUGGAAGGUGGUAUGAAGCAGGCUCCCCUCCAAGAGUAUACUCUCUUAUUGAUGAUAAGAUGAACCUAGAACAGAUUCCAAGCAGAACAAGCAGCUUUGACAUUGUGUCUGUUUAACUUUGAUUGUUUCAUGCCACGAUGUCACGAUCCUAACUCUUAUCACAUUGCUAAUGCCAGUCAUCAAGCCAUUGUUUUUAAAAAAAAAACCAUAUAAAAUGCAUUUUUAACCGAGAGUCUGGGGUGGAGAUUCAAAUUUAAACUAUAAAUUUUAUGCAGAGGGUGGCAACUAUAAAUUUAAUCGAUAAAGUCACUAAGUGUUGGAUAUUAAUAAUUGGGUAUGAGUCAUGCCCUCGCCUCAAUUUUUAGUUGAGAAUUCUAGAAUUAAUAUUAAUGGUUUUAAUUUUUCCUUGUUUUAAGAAAAGUUGUGGAGAUGCCUCCACAUGAAUUCAAAUUUUUUUUUUUAGAUAAAUAUGAAGGUGGUGGUGAUGCCCUAACAUGGAUUAAAAUCUAGGAUCUCUCCCAUAUGGAAAGCGGUGCAAGUCAGCUAAGUCUGAUUGGCUAAACAAUGAAAAAGUUAAACACAUUGUUCCUUUUUAUAUAGUACUAUUAUAAUGAGAUAAUGGAUAAUAAUAAUAGUUAUUUAAAUUACAGUUAUUUAUAAAUUUUACUUUGUUAAUGGUAGAAGAUUUUGGAGUUCUCAUUGAUGACCCAAAAUUCUCUUUCAUAGCUGAACUCUAACUGUGAUGUUAAUUUUCUGUUCUUUAACCAUGAUCUUCAAAUCAACUCUAUCAUUUCUCUUGCUCCCUCCUUUUAUUCAUCUAGAUUUUAUCUUCCAAGCAACCUUUCAUUUAUUCAAUUUAUUUAGAGUCAAAAAUUGUCGCCUCUCCACAUGCAACAUGCUAGAAUACCAUAAGGAGAGAGAGAGAGACCUAAAACUAAAAUAAUUGCCAUUAAAGCAUUAUUUCGGUCACAAGUCUAAACCUUAAUUUAGGUUCCCUAUGCAAAUUAGGGUGGGUCAUAGGCUAUCGUAUCCUGUUUAACUCCUCCCUCUUUCACUUAAGCAUGGAACUCUCUCAUAGAAAGUUUUUAUGGAUAAAAGCUUUUAUCGUCAAAGGAGAUCUUUUAUAAUUGAGAAAAUACUAAAUCUUUUGUUUAUAUAGCAAAUAGCAUGUCAAAAAAAUCUAAUCUUAUGAUUUCGAUAAAUCCAUGCAUUUUGACUUUCACAUCUAACUAAUGAUGAAAAUUUGAGUAAGAUAUAUAGAAGCAUCUUUUUUCCAGAUGUUCUUCAUAAUUGUCAGAAAUAUCCCUCAAGCUAGUAGUACUAAAAAAAAUCCCAUAAAAUUUGGUAAAAAUAUAGAGGAGAACUAAAAAAUAAAAAUUCCAUGAAAAGCAAAUAAAAGGACAUGACAUGAUAUUGGCAGGCUCAAUCAAAUUACAAGACUAAUCAAUCUUAGCAUUAGUAUGCUAGCCUAAUUGAACCAUGCCAAUAUCAUGUCCCUCUUGUUGACAAUAUCAAUGAAAAAAGAAAAGAAAACAAAAACUAACAUGACCCAUAUAUAUCAAUGAAAACAUAUAAAAUAACCAAGAAGAGCCCUACAAAUAAACAAAUAAGAAAACAUGUCACAUAAUAUUAGCACAACUCAAUCAGACUAGAAGAUUGGUAAAUUUGGCAAUGACAAGGUAGCUUGAUUGGAUCAUGCCAAUAUCAGCUCUCUCCUACUACUAGUACCAUUUUUUCAAAAAAAGAUCAUCUUAACCCACAAACAUCAAUGAAACUAUAGGAGAGAACUAUGAAAAAUCUCAUAAAUAAACAAAUAAGAGGGCAUGUCACAUGAUAUUGAUAUGGCUUAAUCAAACUAGAAGGUCGAUCAAGCUUAGCAUUAAAAGGUAGCUGGUUUGUACCAUUCCUAUAUCAUGUCUCUCUAGCUAACAAUGCCAACAAAAAAAAGAAGAAAAAGAAACAUGACCAUAAGGAUCUAUGAAAACAUGGGAGAGAACUACGAAAAAUCCAUUAACAAACAAACAACAAGAAGGCAUGACACUUGCUAGUGACACUGCUCAACCAGACCAUAAGGUUAAUAUAGUUUGGCAUCAACUUGGUCUCCUGAUUGAACUAUCCUAAUAUCAAAUUCCUCUUACUAAAAAUACCAAAGGAAAAAAGAAAAGAAAAAACAUAACCCAUAAAGAUCAACAGAAAUGUAGGUGAAAACUAUAAAUCCUGUGAAUAAACAAAUACGAGGGCAUGCAAUAUGAUAUUGACGCGGCUCAAUCAGAUCACAAGAUUGAUUUCAUAUCAGCGUUGUAGCCUAAUUGAACCGUGCCAAUAUCAUGUCCCUCCUGCGAGCAAUACAGAUGAGUGAGUGAGAGAGAGAGACAGAGAGAGAGAGAGAGACUUGUAAAAAUAAAUGAAGAUAUUAGGGAGAACUAAGAAAAAUCUCGGGAAUAAUUGACAAGUAGCCAUACAUGAUAUUGGCAUGGUUCAAUCAGACCAGAAGAUUGAUCAAGUUUGAUAUCAAGGUUGUGACCUGAUUAAACCUGUUAAUAUCAUCUCGCUGAGGGAUUAGUAGAAUCUAGAGGCAGUGGUAAUGGAGAAUAGUAAGGUAUCCUAGAAGUGCAAACAAGAAAUCAAUUAAAUGGAGCCUCUUUGAAUACUUGUGUGUGAGCAAGGGAGUAUUUAUGGAUGGAAAAGAGGGUCAUAUAGGCAUGUCAUAGUAGUAAAAGCCCUCUCAUGCGUAGACAAGCGUAGCAAAAGGUCGAUUUCUCCAAAGUGCAUGUCCAGCACAACCCACAGAUUACUUGCCAUGCACUUACCUUAUUAAGUAUGGUACAUUGUAUUGGUCGAUACCGGUACUGAACCAGCAUGCGCUUCAGGGGGGGGCGUACCGAGUGUCAGUGCACUGAACCAACCCUUCUAUCAAGCGUACUGACACUGUACUAGAUGCUUUUGGCAUGGGAUUUGGUACAAAGACAGCGAACCUUGCUAUUAAGUGUUGGUGUUCAUCAUCAAUCUCUUAAAAGAUAUCUUUUCUGAGACCUGACCAUUUGGUUGCAAUGGUGAGUGUUUAUUUGGUAAUACUUAAAAUUUUUAAAGUUUGUUGCCUUGGAUUUCUAUGGGUGUACCAUUGACAACACAUAGACAAUUACUAUGGUUCAUUCACUAAUUAAGGCACCAUGUGAGCGACAUACUCUCAAAAGGUAUCACGAGGAUUCUUCACUAAAUUGCAGUAAUGAGAAUUUACCGUUGCCAUCAUGCAAUCACUCUCUAAGGUGCCAUAUGUCCAAAAUACUCUCCAAGGUGUCACCUUAGAUGGGGACUUGUCACUUUAGUAUAGAGUUUGUCGGGUAGUAUUUGAAAGUUUUAAACGUCAUUAACUUGGUUGAAGAAAUUUUCAAGGACAACCAUAGUUAUAUGUAUUUAUUCAGAUAUGAAAAGAUGGGCAGAUAUAGUAAACACAAGCUUGUGAUAGUUUUAGACAUUAAAUUUAAUUUUUUAAUAAUUAAACAAAUAAGAAGAUAAUCAAAAGGUGAUUUGGAUAUCUCCUUAGAUAUAUCAAUAUCAUAUCACAUGAUAGCUGAUAUAUUAAUUUAUAUUACAUAUAAUAAAAAAUAGAAAUGGAUAACAUUAUUUAAAAUUUUGGAGUUAAAGUAUUUCUUGCCAAAAGUUAAGGGGUGUUGCUGUGAUUUUUCCAAUACUUAAUCCUACAAUCUAGUUUAUAUUAUUUAAUUAUUUAAUUUAAUAGGUAAAGUUGAGGGCCCAGCCCUAGCCUAACUCAGUCUUCGAACUUACCUUCUAGGCCCAAACUCAUCCUUACUCAAACUUCAGGCUUCAUGACCAUUUUUUUAAUUUAAAAAAAUAAAAAAUACUUUAAAAUAUUUUAAAAUACUAAAUAUGAAUAAUUAAAUAUUACUAAUAAUCUAUAAUUUAUCUAUUGUAUCAUUAGGUUCAUAUAUCAACAAUAAUUAUUAAUAAAAUCUACAAGUACAUCAAAUAUAAAUAAAGAAUACAAGAAAACUAUAAAAAUUCGAGCUAGGCCAGGCUUUAGUCCCCAACUUUGAGCUUGGUCUAUUUACUAAAUGGGUCUAUUUUUCAUGAUUGGCCUGACCCGUUGGGCCUAAAACCUUCGGCUCAAUCCCUCUCUCGAUCCAAGUGGGCUGGGUCUAGAUACCAGACAAGAGACAAACUAACUCGUUUAUAGCUCUAUCUUCCCUGUUACGCACGCACUGAAGAGUACUCUGAAAUAGAGAGGGGGGGGGGAAUGGUAAGUGAUUACUACAAUAUGAAGCUAUGGAAACUUAAUCAUAUGAAAGCCAUGCAUGCACUGAAGAGUACUCCAAAAUAGAGGUGGGGAAAAUGGUAAGUGAUUAUUACAAUAUGAAGCUAUGGAAACAUAAUCAUAUGAAAGCCCAAAAAAUGCCCGGUUUGGUGAACAUAAUGUUACCGAAAUUAGGGUUAGCUUUGAGGGUUGGGGUUUCUCAAGAGCUCCUUCUCCCUUGCUCGUCUUCGAACAAACGCGCUCCUCCUCCCCAAUUUCUACAUGAAUACUAGAAAUGAGAGAAAACGACUCUGUUCCAACCUUCAAUUGUCUCCCUAGUAAAAUCUUGUUGCCUUUUCUAUAGCAGUUCUUAUACGCUAUAAAACAGGCAAAAGAUGUACAUUUAUGUAUAUAUAAGGGUGGCAAUUUAUGAUCCGACCUGUUAAUCCGACCUGCGAAUGAUUUGCUUUAAGCAGAUUUGGAUUUGACAUAAACAAGUUUUGAUAAACGGGUCAACCUGUCUAAACUUGUUUAUUAAAUAAAUUAAGUUCAGGUUUAGGCUUUUGCUAACUCAUUUUGAUUCGUUUAAUAAUUGGAUUGGGUCAUUAUCCGACCCAUUUAACCUAUAUAAAACCUAUUAAACCUAUUUGAAACAUGUUUAUCUUGUUUUUGACCUGUUUAACUGACUCGCUUAACAUUUUUAAAUCCAUUUAAUUCGUUAAAAGGCCAUUUAACCCGUUUAACCUGACUUCACCUAUUUAAUAAAUAGGUUAUGUGAAUCAGAUCGGACUACUGUUUAAUAAACAAAUCAAAUUCAGAUAUGAAAAUUUAACCUGUUUAAUAAAUAAAUCGAAACUUCCGAUUUCUCGGAUUAAUUGACCCGAUCUGCAUCUGAUCCGACCCAUAUCUGAUCCGAUCCGAUCCGAUCCAAUUGCCACCCUAUGUAUGUGUAUAUGGGCAAAAGAAGUCUUAAGGCAGUUGUUUCAGUUUCUCAUUUCAUUAAGGUACUAGCUUAAAUAAAUCAUACUAAUAAUAGCCUUCCACAUGAAUUCAUUCCCUGUAUACUGUAUGUUUAAUUUUUCUCAAUCAAUUUGCUGAUUAGAGCUAUUCAUGUACAUCGGAACACAAGACUUCACUGUCUUUUCUCAUCACAAAAUGUUGUAAGGAAGGAAUCAUGACAAUGGUAAUCAUGUAAACAUGUAAUUUGCUUUCUGUUUGUGGUGCUGAAGUUGCACAAUAAUCAAAACAUAUUUGUUCCUACUGCAAAAUCAUAGAAGAUUCAUGACUUUGAGUUCACUUGGUUCAUAUUUGUUUCAAGCACUAUCUGUUUUCUUUUAUCUAUUUAUUUAUUAUUUUUUUUGUGAAUCACACCAUUCUAAUAUAAAUACAUCCAGAAAAGUUAGACAACAACAAAUCCCGUAAGGCCCUCGGCAACUGCGCACUUUAGCCAUGUUUUUUCACAUGACUAGCUUUUAUGCUCUAUGUGUUACUGGUCGGUGCUUGCUCUCUCAAUUUUGGAACUAUGCAAAUUUACAUUCUAGAAAGUUUCUGAUUUUGAAUAAGCUAAGGUAGUCAUGCCUCACUUUCUUAUUAAAGAUUUAUUUGUUGCUAUGAGCCUUUGUCUGAAUAUGCUUGUGAACAUCCACUUGGAUGCUUCUUGUUUCUUAUGGCUAGUUGCACUACAUCUUAUUCUAGGAGUCACCUUCAAAGCCAGAUCUUAUUGGGACAAAAAUGAAAAGCUGCAACUGGAAACCUUCCAGAGCCGGCAUUCCAAGGAAGUAAUGAUCAAGACUGCUGUGAAACUAACUUCAGGAUUGGCAGGCCCAACCACAAGAAUUGCGAAUAAUUCGACUUUCACCACAGCAGUUACAGGACAGCGAGCCUUCGGUGCAACAGAGACAACAUGAAGAGCCUCCUCUUCACUCAUUGAAUUUCAGACAACCUUUAACACCAGGAUUGAAGUAAGACCACCUUCCUCAAAACAUACACGGAGUCGAAAGCCUCUUUCUGGUGCAAUGUUUGCAAGGUGAACUGUGAUGAUGUCUUUUUAAUCUCAAGCUCCACAGUCAAUGACCAAAACACAAGGCCAAACAGGGUGAGGUCUUUGGAAGCAAGGAUAUUGCACUGAAUGGGAAUGAGAUCGUAUUUGUAAGUAAUGCAUUCUCCAAUGCAUGAAUGAGAUCAUAUCGUGUCCUAGCUCUUCAAGUGGAAAAGAAAUGGUGCUUCUGGCAGUGUGGUUGCUGGUGGAUCUAGUAAUCUAGGAUCAACUAUGACAUUUUGGAAAGACUAGAAAUAAUGGUCCAACAUGAAUGAAGAUUCCAAUAGAGAACAAGGAUAACAAGAUGAAGAAACUGUACCAUUUGGUUGCAAGAACUCAUCGCUGCAGAAAAUUGAGUGAAUACUGAGCAACCAGUUCUCUCAUUGCUCGGAUUAAUUGAUCUGGCUUCUGUUUUUCAGCUGUCCAAAAUGGAGCCGUCAGUCUGUUAGCUUGCCUCCCAUUUGGAUCAUUGUGAUCAUUAUUCCUAUAAAUAUAUGCUACAGUACUAUAUUUUUUUGAGGGUUUUGUAAAGUCUGUCAUCAGUGACUUGAAUCCGCUGCUUCUCAGGAUGUUUACUUUCUGAACUGCAGGAUGAAAUCGUAAGUAAGAAGUAUAUACUUUUCUCCUGCGAGUCUACCUUGCAUGUACCUGUACCAAUCAGAUGAUCUCUAUCAUCUAAUGAGCAUGUUCUUUUUUUUU